AUGCAUUUUUCUAUACCAGAUACACAAGAAUUUAUUGAUACAGCUGGUUCAUAUGUGGUAAGUAUGUUUCUUUUACAACGCAUGUUAUUAUAUAUUAAUUUAUCUAUUUUAUUUUAAUUUUCAGGGUUACAAUAUUUAUAUAAAUGGACUAUUUCAUUGCACUGUGAGAUAUAAACAACUGCAUAGUCUUCAUGAACAAUUAACAAAAGAUUUGGAUAUAUCUCUUCCAACAUUUCCACCUAAAAAGUUUUUUUCUCUAACAACAAAUCAACAAGAGGCACGUCGUCUUUCUUUGGAAAAAUAUAUUCAAACAAUCGGACAAAAUCCAGUUGUUAGUAAUUCAGGAAUAUUAAAUGGAUUUUUAUUAAAUGCACAACAAGAAACUAUUGGAGGCCCAUCUAAUAAUGAAUUUAUAGACAUAUUUCUUAUGAAUGGCUGUAAAAUAACUAUAAAUGUUUCUACAGCAGAUCAUUCUGGUAGUGUUUUAGAGUACUACGAAAAUUGCAAAAUUUUGAGUCUCCAUUUAUAACUAUUAAGCAUCUACACAUUAUAGGAAGUAGAAUUGUACUUGGGAAAAAUUAUUGGGAUGUGGGAUAUGAUCUUAAAUUAAUGAAUGAUGAAGUGGCAAUGAAUUUAUUAUAUAUUCAAGCAGUUGCAGAAAUUCAAUGGGGAUGGAUUCUUGUUACAGAUGAAUUAAAAAAUCAGUUAACUGAUUUACAAAAGCAUGGAAAGAAAAAAGAAUAUCUGGAUAUAGUACGUGUUUCAAAAUACCAUGGGUAUAUUCAGUUUGCUCCAUGUUUUUGUGAUUAUCCUCAACCAAAUUCAAAAGUAUUAGUUGCUAUAGGUAGAAAUGAAUUAAAUUUGCGUAUAUUAUGUGAUGGGAAACAAUGUGAAGAAGUAUUUAAGGUUUCACGAAUGCGCUGUUGGCGUAUAACUACAUUGCAAAAUGGAUCUGAAAGAGGCGAUGAAGAAAGUGAUGAUUUUAGUUUAGAAUUGUCUUUUGAAUAUUUAAUAGCUAAAAAUCAAUUACAAUGGAUUACAAUUACUUCAGAACAAGCUAUUUUAAUGUCUGUAUGCUUGCAAGCUAUGAUUGAUGAAUUAUUAUCAAAGACUGUUGAUAGUAAUAAGGCUCAGAAUCGUUGUAUUACACAACCUUCUAAAUCUGAACCAAUUAUGAAGAAACUUGUGGACAGAUUCUCAGUAGUAAAAGUAAAAAAACCUAGUGAUGUUAAAAUUAAUACAAGAGGCAAGGUUCAAGGAAAACAAACAGUGGAAUACGAUAUGGAAAAUAAUGCAUUUCGUAUGAUCGGUGAUGAAGACUUAUAAAUAUACUGGAACUAUAAGAUGGAAAUAUAUCAGAAAUGUCUUAAAUUUUUUAAAUUAAUAUUUACCUCAUAUUUUUGCUAUUAUUUUUAAUUUUCAAAUAAUGUAAAAUAUGAAACUUAAAUAUCGACAGACUUGUAACAAUUGUACGAUAUAUAAAUAUAUUGUUGAUAAUAAAAAAAAUUGCAAAUUAAUGCAAAUAUUUCGUGAAACAAAUAAACAAAACUAAAAUAAA